AUGUCCACACAACCACAACAACAACCCGUCGUCGUUUACCCCAACACCGUUUCUGGGCAGCCACCUCCGGCUUCCCACUCCCAUUCAAACGGAUCAUUUGGGACUGUUUUUAUAGUUCUCGCAGUGAUUGUUGUUAUAUCAGCUAUUGCCUGUUGCCUUGGCAGGCUCUGCAACAAGCGUCAAGGGAACAGACAGAGUAAACCCAGUAAGCAGAGCCAGCAAAACCCUAGUUUUCGCCAGAAAGAAAGGGGAAGGGAGAGAGAAAGAGAAGGGGAUGUUGAGUUUGGGUUUGAGAAGGGAUUCCAAACAGAGAGGCCAAGUGGUGGAAAUGGAGAUGGUAGAGGAGGACACAAGCUUUCUGAAAAUGGCCAUAUGAAAGCUGAAAGUUAUCCUGCUGAUGAUGCCCACCUAAAGCCUGGUGCUUAA